AUGACACCUUCGGCCACAACUCGACUGGCAGUAGCUCCCCCAACCAAGGAACUGCUGCCUCAAAAUGACCAGCAGCAGCAGGAUGGCCACAAUAAUGAAAAAAUUACAAAUGCAACCACCACCUCGAGCAGCAGCAGUACAACAACGGCUCCCUCAACUGCAAGCCCCAAAAAGCCAAUGUCGGCCGCUGAACGUUCCGCAACCAAAAAAUCCCUUUUCAUAUUGGCUGGAAUUUUUGUAACGUCAUUGGCUGCAAUGUUUUAUGUCUACAUGAUAUUCCCAGAAUUGAAUGAGUCUGAAAAACAACACAUGAAAAUACCACGUGAUAUUCAAGAUGCCAAAAUGUUGGCCAAAGUCUUAGAUCGCUACAAGGACAUGUACUAUUUUGAAGUGAUGUUCGGUGUCGUUGUCGCCUAUAUAUUGUAUCCUUUUCAAAACAAUCUACGAAAAAAAAACAAAACCUGCAAAUAG